UGCCCCGAAGUUGGCGUCGCUCGCUCCGCUCGCCUUGGCGCGCAGAGUCGCGUAGAGUCGCGCGGCGUACGAGGUACUCGCUCUCCCACGGGACGCCCAAGGCGCACAUCGGCGGCGUUCCUCGUCGAGGCCCGAUCGGCCCUGUCCCUUGGUCCGCGGGCGCCGCGCGCCUUCCCAGAAGUCGUCGCCGAGAGGAGCACCGACAUGUCGAGGAUCGCCGACCCCCUGGGACACCCCGGUCGCUGGUGACCGACCCGGAGGACCCUCGGCGGAAUUCUCGAGCGCCGCGCCGGGCGAUGACACAUCGGGGAAGGAUCUGUCUCGGGUGAUCGAUCGACCUUAUCCGGGACCCUCGAAGAGGAUGAGCGGAGGCGGCAGCCGAGGGGGCAGCUUCUGACCGCGCCUCCGCGGAGGGACGCCCUCGGGAAACGGGGACCGAAACCCAGGGGGGACCCCAAAGGGAGCAAUGGUCGUCGAAUGGCUGUGUCCGGGACUCAGGCCCACGGGUAGACGUCGUCCUCGACUACUGCGCUGCAAGGUGAUCCUCCUCGACGAGCACGAGCUACUGCAGGACGUCUUGAGCUCCAAUCUGGGCCAGGAACUUCUCGACAGGGUCUUCAGGCAUCUCAAUCUCUUGGAGACCGCGUACUUUGGACUGCGAUAUCUCGACCACGAGAAUCAGACGCAAUGGCUGGAUCCCAGCAAGAAGAUCGGCAAGCAGCUCAAAGUCCAGAAGGGAGACCCCAGUCCGGACACUCACACCCUGUACUUUGGAGUCAAGUUCUACGCAGCCGACCCCUGCAAACUCAUCGAAGAGAUUACGAGGUACCAGUUCUUCCUUCAGGUCAAGCAGGACAUUCUUCAAGGAAGGCUGCCCGUGUCCUUCGACCUCGCUGCCGAGCUGGGAGCUUAUGUCGUCCAAUCGGAACUUGGGGAUUACGAUCCAAGGAGACAUUCCCUCGGAUAUGUUACGGAGUUCCGGUUUCUGGCCAAUCAGACAACGGAGCUGGAAACCAGAAUCGUGGAGUUACAUAAAACUUUGGUAGGCCAACUCCCAUCGGCAGCGGAGCUGAACUAUUUGGAUAAGGUCAAGUGGCUCGAGAUGUAUGGAGUUGAUCUACAUCCUGUUCUCGGAGAGGACAAUGUGGAGUACUUUCUGGGACUGACUCCGAGUGGGAUAAUAUUAUUGCGUAACAAGACCAAAGUGGGCAAUUAUUAUUGGCCGCGGAUUAACAAGAUAUACUCAAAGGGUAGGUACUUCAUGCUCCGAGUCAGCGAGAAGAACUCCGAGGAGAGGACCCACGGCUUCGAGACUCCCUCGCGAGGAGCGUGCCGACAUCUCUGGAAAUGUUGUGUGGAACACCAGGCCUUCUUCCGGCUCAUGGCGACGGGACCACCGCCGCUCAGUCCUUAUUCCCGUUUCCGUUCCUACAGCCCACCCUCGGGCUCCGAAAAGCACACGGCCAUUCGACGCAACCCACCGCCCGUCUUUCAGAGGACGCCCAGCAGAAGAGCCCAGCGUCGUGUGGUCGAGGGCCAGGAGAUGGUGGGGCCUUUCGUGGAAGCGCCGCCGAGCACCGCAAGUCCCAGUAACCCGGGGAACAACGCACCCUGCGUUAACGUCCGGCAGGUCAACUCGAGCCCCAGGAGCACCAGAAGUGCUCCCUGGACUCAGAGCCAACCGCGCGGCCUCUACACCUCCUCUAGUCCUCGCUCCGUUCGCUCCGCGGGAACAGCACCGGCACUGCUGAGCAGACUCCAGCACAGGAGCAGCUCGGUCGAGAGUCAGAGUUCCGGAGACAGUCACAGCCGCGGCGGGCAUCGGAGACGAAGCCACAGUCAUAGUCACAGAAGACACAGCCGCCAUUCCGACUGCGAGUCCGAGUUGUCGCGAGGGUCCGAUAACAGAUCGGGCCAUCGCAAGCAUCGUCGGAAGCACAGAAGUUCUCGUUCGUCGAGGCACGAGCUGAUCGACUCCGAGCCCCAGUGGAAGGAGGCCCAAAGGCGGAAGGGCGAGGACGUCCAGCGGGCGGUGGUGAGCCACACGGAACCUAGAAGGAGGCACAGGAGCAGGCACAGAAGUCCUUCGCAUAAGCAACCCUUAUCUGAUGAACUUAGAAAGUGCAACGGUACGCUCUUUUCCAGACACCUGGAGUUCGGCCUAGUCGAUACAACGGGAAUGAGCGAACAGCAACGCCGGGAGAUCCCUUAUACAGUGGUCCAGUCACAAUCCGUUCCGCAAUGUCCUCUCCAAUCUAGCAAUCCUCGAUUGGAUGAGGAGGAUGCGUCGUCCCUGCCUAGAACGAUCGGAUACCUCGACAAAAGAGAGAGAACUGUGGUCCAACGUACUCGCGAUGGAAGUUAUAAUUUGCCGUCAGCGAGAACGACGGCUCGAAUCGGUUCGAAGUACCCCGAAGCUAGGAAUGAGUAUAAUUCGAUGAGGGACUUCGAAUAUACUCGUAACUGCAGAAUGUUAAUAGGCAGUAAUGUGGACAGCGGACUAGGUGAGAGCACGACCCAGGAUUUUUCCAGCUGCUGCUCGAGUUCUGCUGACAGCGCUAAACCUACCCGUGUAACGCAAAAGCAAGUAGGGGGACAGGGACGCUAUGAACUGCCUUUCAAUCAAGAAAUCUACCCUGUUGAUGCUACUCUGGAUGUGGUUCUUCAACCAAUUAUAUCAACUUUGACACGCAGACAGAGGACCAGGCCAAAAUAAACACCAAGCUUUAAUUGAAAAUGAUGCUAACUCUUUUGCACAUAUUGUAUAUUUAAGUGAAAAGUUUUUUAUACUUGAAUAAAAUAAAUAUAUAUAAUCCCACC